UUAUUUAAAUUUAUAAGUUUGUAUCUCGCACAUAUUUAGUGAUGACACCAGGUGGGAGAGGACGUUAUUCGCGCACUGGAUCUACCCCUUCUACCGGUGAUGCGACGGAGCAAGCAUCGCCAUCACAUGUUGCAUCGCAGGCGUCUGAUCCCGCAGUUGCGUAUACACCGGGUACUGCAUUAUCGUCGACCAGCCGACGAGGAUGUGGACCCACGUGUGGGUUGCUUUUAGAGUGACUUACAUAUGAGGUUAGGAUGAUGGUAAAGUUCCCACAGGACUGCAUUAGACCUGUUGGGAACAAUGCCAGACUGUUUACGUCAGAGGUCGGUGUCUUAUGCUGAUCUCUGAUCCCCCCACCACCCCCCGUUGGGCAGACGUGACAGAUGAUGUGUGGCAGCUCAUCCGUCAGUGCCUUCAGGAUAAAUUUGAUUUAAAUUUGACUUUUCUGUACAUUUCCUAUGUCAUCGACGACAUGAUUAAGGAGCAGUUCAAGGAGUACUGCUCUGAGUUACACAAGCGGUACAAGCGGUGCAUAAGCCACGAGGAGGACGUACUAUCCGCACCACCGCACGUGACCCAUGACGACUGGCAGAUACUCUGCGAUAGAUUUUUGUCUGAUUCUUUUCAGAUGAGGAACAAAAUAAAUUCUGACAACAGGGGAAAGUUAGAAGUGAACCACGUAGCUGGUUCAAAGUCAUUUGUAGAAAUUCGUCACGACAUGCGAGAUUCCGUCACUAGCCAGGAGCCCGGACCAGUAGACCUUUACAGAGGGCCUCACUGUCGGCAGACGACGGGAUCUUGGGUACAUCCUAUAGCCGGCGAGAUUUGGGCGUCGAUGGACACCUUACAUAGUCAGCCCACUCCCGAUGGUACUCAGCAGAGUGAGCCAGAGAUCCUGAGUGAGGUGCUUGGCACCCGUUCUGGAUAUGUGCGUGUGCUUGGCCAUGAUGCCAAGCUCAUGGCACCCGCUAGAGCUUCCUCCACCCGAUCCAUCGUCGUUGGCGAGAGCGCCACCUGCCGAGCUGAUAUCGUAGAGAGAGAGGUUCAGCAGAUACGGGUCGUUGUCCAUGACAUCAGAGAGCAGCUGGAGAGGCAGAUGGAGGAGCAGGAGAGGAGGAUGGAGGAGCUGGCGAGGCAGAGGGAGGAGAAGGAGAGGAGGAGGAUGAAGGAGCAGGCGAGGUAGAGGGAGGAGCAGGAGAGGAGGAUGGAGAAGAUGCGGGUAGAGCAUGAGCGGUAGAUGAUGGAGAUGUUUCAGGUUCUUGCUGCAUGCUUACCCACCGAUGCUCCACCACCUCCACCUUCGUCUUUGUGAUUUUUUGUAUUUUAUUUAUGAUGUUAAACUUAUAUGUAUUUAUGUGUGAAUGAAUGUCAUGUUGAUGGA